AUGAGAACUCACACAGGUGAGAAAAUGUAUUCUUGUAAACUGUGUCAGAGGCAAUUUACACAGAAAAGUAAUUUGACAGUUCACAUGAGAACUCAUACAGUUCACAUGAGAACUCACACAGGUGAGAAAAUGUAUUCUUGUAAACUGUGUCAGAGGCAAUUUACACAGAAAAGUAAUUUGACAGUUCACAUGAGAACUCAUACAGUUCACAUGAGAACUCACACAGGUGAGAAAAUGUAUUCUUGUAAACUGUGUCAGAGGCAAUUUACACAGAAAAGUAAUUUGACAGUUCACAUGAGAACUCAUACAGUUCACAUGAGAACUCACACAGGUGAGAAAAUGUAUUCUUGUAAACUGUGUCAGAGGCAAUUUACACAGAAAAGUAAUUUGACAGUUCACAUGAGAACUCAUACAGUUCACAUGAGAACUCAUACAGGUGAGAAAAUGUAUUCUUGUAACCUGUGUUCGAGGAAAUUCACAGUGAAAAAUAAUUUAACAUUACACAUCAUGAAAAUUCACGCGGGAGAGGAGAUCCACAGUGAAAAAUAA